GUUACCUAUUUAUCGAUGGCGGUCGAUGGGCGUCGAUGGGGUCGAUGGGAAUAGCAUUGAGGGCAUUGAGUUUGUGUACUUGGCGGAGGAGCGCAGCGGUGCCAGAAUGUCACGUGAUAAUAAUUCGGAACUUUUAAACUCAAUAUUUAAAGGAGAGGUAGCAUCUGUACACAGUUAUGGAGCUUUUGUUCGGAUCCCUGGAAAUAAAAACCAAGGGCUUGUUCAUCGUACACAAGUGUCAAAAGUGGCUGUUGAUGAUGUGUCUGAAGUUUUGCAGCGAGGGGAGAAGGUUUGGUGUAAGGUUAUCAGCAUUACGGAUGACAAUAAAAUUGCACUGUCCAUGAAAGUUGUAAAUCAAGGAAAUGGAAAGGACUUGGACCCAAAUGGAGUUCAGAUACAUCAGGAUGAACAGAGGAGAAAAAUACACAUACCUGGGUCAGGAAAGAAAACAAUUCAACUUGAGGCAGUCUUCAAUACGACAUGCUCAAAAUGUGGAACACGUGGGCACUUGGCAAGAGAUUGUUUUAAGAGUCCUGAUGGAAAAACAUAUGAGCUAAUUCCUGAAGAAGAGCCAGAUAUACAGAAUCAAUCAACCAAAGUUAGCACAGUUCAAGAGAAAGAUAUAAAAGCAAAAAAACAAAGGAAGAAGAAAAAGAAGCACAAGAAGGAAAAGGGGAACAGAAAAGUUAAGAAAAAUAAAAAGCAGAGGAAGCGCAGACAAAAAACUUCAUCAUCACAUUCUGAAGAACCAUCGAGUGGAAAUUCUGAUGAAGAGCAACAGAAUAAAGAAAGCUGUCACAGAAGGAAGCGAAAACAUUCUGUGUCACCAAGUUCUGAACAUCGAAAGAGACUGAGGCACUAAUGGUCUGCAAAGUAUCAAAAUGUAGAAAGUGAGAACUCCAUACUGUACACGCAUUUCCAAUGAUAUAACAUUUAUAAAAUGACAGUGGUCUUUCAUUUGUUGUGGUUUCAACCCUUCUUGAGUAAAAUUAUCAUUAUACUGUAAUAAGUAAAAUAUAACUGUCCUGUAUGUCAGCAUAUUGGAGUCAUAUGAAACAUUUUAGUCCAGAGCCCUAUUAUUAAAUUUCCCCGAAAUUCAUUCAGCAGUUCUGAAAACGAAACAUGCAGAUGUACAAAGGGUCUCACCAUCAUAUAUUCAAA